CAAUGACGCAAUGACGCCCAAGGAAGACUUGUUGAGAGCUGAGCAAGCAGAACGCGAAGUCUGGCACACACUCACAUUUCCUCGAUGGCAAACCGGUGCUAAUAGAAGCUUCUAGAAAGAGAAGAGACUUCUUCUAGAAGAUUCUAGAUCAUUUGCGAAUGGCCCAGACCAAGCGAUCCACGGGUACGGUGAAGUGGUUCAGCGCGCAGAAGGGGUUCGGGUUCAUAGCCCCGGACCAGGGUGGCGAGGAUCUCUUCGUCCACCAGACCUCGAUCCGUUCCGACGGGUUCCGGACCCUGUCGGAGGGUCAGCCCGUGGAGUUCUCCGUCGACUACGGAGAGGAUGGGCGCGCCAAGGCCGUCGAUGUUGCCGACAUCGGUAGAUCUCUUCGCCCGGGGCCUGGAGGGAGGGGCAGAGGUGGUAGUUUUGGCAGAUAUGGUGGUGGUGGACCUGGUGGUGUCGGUGGUUAUGGAAGGUUUGGUGGGCAGAGAGGUGGAAGGAGUGGUGGAGGCUAUGGCGGUGGUGUUGAGUGUUACAAUUGUGGGCGAGUUGGUCAUUUGGCUAGGGACUGUUAUCGACAAGGUAGUGGCGGCGGAGGCGGAGGCGGUGGUAUGAACCGGAGAUACGGCGGUGGUGGCCGUGGAUACGGUGGUGGCGGCGGUGGCGGUGGAGGGUGUUUCAAUUGUGGGGAGGAAGGGCAUUUUGCGAGGGACUGCCCUAACGAUUAGGAUUUUGUGAAUGUGAAUUGGGUGUUCCUCGGUAAAUUGGGUUUGUUAAAAUUUUAUAUUUUUGGGUGCUUGGAAUCUGGAGCUUGUUCUUGGGUGUCGCCAAUUAUUGCUCGUUUUGGGUUUUUGGGAUAAGCUUGUUUAGCAAGGUUUGGUAAAUGUGAUUAAUUGUUCUCAUAAGAUAUAAUUUUUUUCUUCUUCCCUUGUUGGGUUUUCAUCGUUUCAUAACCUUUACAUGUUCAUUAUGGGAUUACUGAAAUGUAUUUUUGUUGAU